UCUGCAUCGAUAUUUUGACGUUAUUACCAUGCUAACUUUGCUUAACCAGUGAUCAGUGGCUCGAACUCUUUUUUAAAAAGUUAAAGUGUUUAUGAAAAAAAUUUAUUUAUACUAUCAAAAAAUUUGAGAAUCAAGUACUUUUCCUCGUAAAUUUUGCACAUUGUGGACACAGACAUUACUCUGAGCCUGGGAAGUGGGAGAUCAAGAUCUUCUUCUUCUGUUAAUCAUCUCGUAACGAGGAGCCAUUACGGAAAGUAAAAUAAGAGACAAAAAUGCAAUAAGAAUAAGAAAAUAAGGACAUAAGAUGUACUUGGAUCGAGUUUGAGCGUGAAAGUGAAACAUUCCCAGACCUGCUAUUCUUAUAUAUCUAACUAUAAUUCUACAUGAAAGAAGAAACGCUACCACCGGGACCAGGAGGUGUCGAAAAAAGAAAUUAUGUCAACGACUGAACGGGUGUUUCACCUAAUAUGACCCUGAAGACAGCGCUGAGAGGGAUACCUUGGAUCUGUGGCUCUUUCCAGGCUCGGUUUCAGACAAUAUGCUUUGUUCUCUUUCUGCUGGCGAGUUUUUUGCAGCCUUCUAUUGCAAGAAACAAUCCUCCACGGUUCCUCACCGAUGGCCAGACGGAAAUCAUCCUCAGGCUCAAGGAAGGACCAAAAACACCUGUUGGAAGUCUAAUUCACAGAUUACGAGGAGUAGAUCCAGACGGAGACGAACUGAUUUUUGGAAUCAGAAAUCAACCCGGUAGCGAUAUCAUAAGGGUGGAAAAUUUUAACCCUAAUGAAGCAAACAUUUACCUCAAUAAGCCACUAGAUAGAGAGAAUCAAGAUGAAUACGCGUUGGUCUUGACCUUAACAGAUGGAAAAUUAGGAGAAGGGAAUUUCAUAACCCAGAGUCUUCUUUUGCUGGUGGAAGAUAUUAACGACAAUGUUCCAAUUUUUCGACCUCAUCCAACUACCCUGACAGUUAGAGAAAAUUCAGGUCCUGGAGUUUUGACAACUGUGGAAGCAACUGAUGCUGAUGAAGGUGCUCAUGGUCAGGUCGUCUAUUAUAUACAAGAAUUGGAUGGAGACAAUGAUAUGUUCUCAAUUACGACUGUAAAUGGAAAAGGAGUUAUUCGCCUAAUUGGAUCCUUGGAUUAUGAAAGAAAAUACCUUUAUCAAUUGAGAGUGCUUGCUGUCGACCGAGCAAUCAACGAAAAGGUAAACACAGGAACAACAGCAAUUCUUGUCAAAGUUCAAGAUGUGGAGGACCAACCACCAGAAUUCGUAGCCAUGACGCCUGUUGCUAGAAUUAGUGAAAAUGUUCGAAUUGGAACUCCCGUCCUCCAUGUUCGUGCAAUUGAUGGAGAUAAGGGUAUAAAUAACAAAGUCACAUACAGCAUUACUCAGGGGCCAAAACACUUGUUUGAUAUCGAGCCUACGUCCGGAUUGGUCUUUACGAUAGCACAAUUGGAUCGAGAAGCACGAGAAAAUAGUGAUGGCACUUUCAUCUUAGAAAUUACAGUAAAGGAAGUGUCUCGUAUUGUUCCUGUUCCAUCAGUUUCUACAGAAGUGACUGUCAUUCUCACUGACGUUAACGACGAAACGCCAACCUUUCGAAGUCCCCGAUAUAUUGCUGAAAUUAAUGAAAAUGCCCCGCAAAAUACUCCAGUGAAUUUUAUUGGUGACGCCAUUCCGGAAAUUUACGACCACGAUCUGGGAACAAAUGGAACUUUUGGAAUGUACAUUGAGGGCGAUAAUGGGAUUUUUGACAUUACCCCAUCUCGAGGAAUCAAUGAGGCAUCAUUUUUAAUUCGAGUUCGAAACUCAGAAAAGCUGGAUUUUGAAGAACGAACUGUAGUCAACUUUACACUAGUUGCCAAAGAAAAUUUAUCAUCUGCCGCAAAGUACAGUGUCGUUCCAGUUACAGUUUAUAUAAAGGAUCAAAAUGACAAUUAUCCUGAAUUUACUCAAAAUACUUACGAGGUUUCAAUACCUGAAAAUUGUGAAGUAGAUUCAACCCUAGCUUGGGUUCAGGCCUUGGAUGAAGACAGUGGCAAUUUUGGUACUCAGGGCAUUAGGUACACAAAUUUAGGAGGCAGCAUUGCUCAUGUGUUAACUUUGAAUCCCCUGAGUGGAGUAAUUACAGUGAAGGAAAGUGGACCAAGUUUUGAUAGGGAACUAGUAUCUCGACAUUAUUUGACUGUCGAGGCUCGAGAUGAUCUCGGAAAAGGAAAUCGAAAUACAGCUCAACUUAUAGUUAAUAUUAUCGACGUUAAUGAUAAUCCUCCUGGUUUUUUACAAAAUAAGUACGAAGCGGUACUUCGGGAGAAUGAGGAGCAAUUUGAAGGUCCUUUAAUUGUCGAAGCUUUUGACAUCGACUUGAAUGGUACAAAAAAUAGUGAAAUAGUCUAUUUUAUAGUAAGUAGCGAAUAUUCUCGAAAUUUUACUAUCGAUUCGACUCGUGGAAUAAUAUCACCUGCGAGUCCCAUGGAUUUUGAAAAACUUCCUGUUAGUCAAGGUCACCUGGAGAUGUCAAUUCGUCCAUUGAGAUUGACUAUUAGAGCAAAAGAUAUGGGAUCACCAAGUUUGAGUUCUGACGUUCCAUUAAUUAUUUAUUUAAAAGAUGUCAACGAUAAUGCCCCUGGAUUUGAAAGAGCUGUUUAUAAAAGAAAUAUUCCUGAAGAUCUUCCUGGGGGAACAACAGUCUUGCAAGUGAAAGCUUGGGACAAGGACCUGUCAUCCCCGAACAACAAACUAGUAUAUCGGAUUCAAAGUGGAGCUGGAGACAAAUUCGUAAUCGGACCGGAAACUGGGAUAAUCAAAGUUGCCCCAGGGUCGAACUUGGAUCCAGAUCUGACCUCGCCAAAGACGACUCAAUAUACCCUAAGUGUCGUUGCCAUAGAUAGUGGAACUGAAGUUCAGCGAACUGCCGAAGUGGUUGUCAACAUUUCGAUUGUGGAUGUGAAUAAUAAAUCCCCAGUCUUCAUAGAUCCUGGCACAAUUAUCAUCAGGGAAAAUACUCAGGUUGGAGCCUACGUCCACCGAGUUGUGGCGAAUGAUCCUGACAUUGCUCCGAUUUUGCGGUAUCGAAUCGAUCCCAACUCAUCCGAAGCCAGAAACGAGGAAGGAACGUUGAUCCGUGUUCAAGAGUACGAUUACCUGGCAUCUCUGGAAUUGAAUGCUUUGGACGGUUUGCUCAGAGUGUUACGAUUAUUGGAUAGAGAGAGGGUUGAAACCAUAAAACUUGGACUUGUCGUUGAAGAUUUGGCUGCUGUAAAUGGCGUUCAAUCAGCAUCGGCGGUUUUGAACAUUAUAAUCGAGGAUGAAAAUGAUAACGAGCCCAGAUUCCGAAGACCAUUUUACAGAAGGUCUGUGACCGAAAAUAGUAAAAACGGAGUACAUAUUGCAAGUGUAGUAGCGAAUGACAAGGAUAAGAAUCGCACAAUUACGUAUUCAUUGGAAAGUCCUAGAGAAUUGACGGAAUUAGUAAAUUUGGAUUCGGAAACUGGAGAAAUGGCAGUUGCUAAUAAAAUCGAUAGAGAACAGUAUUCGUGGUUGAAUUUGACAGUGAGGGCUACUGAUUCUGGAAUACCACCAAGAUCAAGUGUGGUAGAAGUUUAUAUCCAAGUUUUGGACGAAAAUGACAAUAAUCCUUAUUUCGUUGUGGAUAUUCAUAAUGUCACAGUUAUGGAAAAUGCAAAAGUUGGAACUGAAAUUGCAAUUAUUAUUGCAAGAGAUGCGGACACUGAUGAUUAUGGAAAAAUCACCUAUCUUCUAGAUCGAAUGUCUGCUCAAGGAAAGUUUGCUAUCCAUCCGGAAACUGGCGCCUUGACCGUCGCAGAUACGCUUGACUGGGAAACAAAGAGCAAUUACGUGCUUGUAAUAGAAGCUUGGGACAAUUAUCAAUUUGGAUACACGGCAGGUGAAUCAAGGAAUGCUUUCAAGCAAAUCGAAGUCAUUGUUAUUGAUGUCAAUGACAACAUGCCAAAGAUAGAAGUACCGAAGGGAUGCACCAGCAUCUCCGAAUUUCACGAUAUCCGAGAAAAUAUUGCUCUCAUUAAAGUUAGGGAUGCGGACAACCCCAUGACACCAAAUGGCAGGGUUACGAUCAAAAUUGCCAGAGGCAAUGAGUUAGGCCUUUUUAUGUUGGAACAAAUCGAUUACUGGACUGCAAAAGUAAAAGCAGCGAAACAAUUAAGAGGACAAUUUGGAAAUUACUCUUUGCAACUUGAAGCUAGUGAUCUUGGAGCCCCUACAAAUGUAGAUAAUGCCUUUUUGGAUAUUUGUGUCACUGAUUAUAAUGAUAAUCCACCAGUUUUCAUCAGUCCUCAACAUAAUACCACAAUACGAGUACCUGAGAAUGUCACUGUGGGUUCAGCCAUAAUUCAAGUUGAGGCUCAAGAUUCUGAUACUGGACCAAAUGGGGAUAUUCAUUUUCGAUUGAAACAGGAUUUGGCUGGUCACUGGAAAACAUUUCAAAUUGAUGAAAAAACGGGAGUAAUUUCUUUGAAACAUCCUCUGGAUCGUGAAACACAAAAAUUGUAUGAGAUUCGAAUUGAAGCUUACGACUUGGGAAAGCCAACACCACUGAGUUCUGAUUUAGAUUUAAUGAUCUACGUCAAAAAUAUUAACGACUACGAACCGCAAUUUUUAGUCGAUUAUUAUAAAGUUAAUUUCACAGAAGAAAAAGCAGCUGGACUUGAAAAAGUAAUUCUUCCUGAUACAAUUGACAGGGAUGAAGUCGAUGAUCUUGACGAUCCUCCUACGCAAGUUUGUUAUUUUAUUGUUGGAGGGAACGAUGAUGGACUUUUUAAUUUGGAAAGGAAGACACAUGAACUCAGUAUUUUGAAGUCCCUAGAUAGAGAAAAACAAGACGUGCACGUACUUUUGAUAAAAGCCAAAGAAGAUUGCAGCACGAUUCCUGAAAAUCAGAAUUUUUUCAACGAAAGUGAUGACACUCUUUUGAAAGUUAUUGUCUCUGUUACUGACGUUAAUGACAACCCACCAAAAUUCAUUAGUAAAGUUUUCACCGGGGGAGUCACAACCGAAGCUGAUUUUGGGACUCAGUUUAUGUCAGUUAAAGCAGUAGAUGCGGAUGUAGGAGGAAAUGCUCUUGUUAAUUAUUAUCAGAUUGGAAAAAUCCAAAUGACUCUUACGGAGGGUUUAGAUGAUGUCAGGCUUCAACCAUUUUUGGUUGAUAGAGUCACUGGUUCAGUGAGUCUAAAUUUCGAUCCACAACGAGGGAUGAAGGGUUAUUUUGAUUUUAUGGUUAUGGCAAAUGAUUCUUAUGGAUUAAAAGACAUGGCAAGGGUAUUCAUUUAUUUACUUCGAGAAGAUCAGAGAGUUAGGUUUGUUCUUAGACAACAUCCACCAGAAGUCAGAAACCGAAUUGAAACUUUUAGAGAAAUUCUGGGAAAUGUAACUGGUGCCAUUGUGAAUGUGGACGAAUAUAAAAUUCACGAAAACCAGGAUGGUUCAGUGGAUAGAACCAGGACUGAUUUGUACCUUCAUUUGGUAGAUCGUCAGGACAAUUCAAUUUUGGAAGUCUCUGAGGUUUUGGAGAUAAUCGAUCGAAAUAUCGAAAAAUUGGAUAAUCUGUUUAAGGAUUUUAAUGUUCUUGAUACUCAACCUGCUCAAGCCCAAGCUAUUAUUCAAUAUGAACAAUCGGGAACCACUUUUUGGCUAUUGGCUUUGACACUUUUCUUAGGGGCACUAUUGAUACUUUGUAUCGCUCUUUGCCUUUCCCAGAGAGCUUCAUUCCAACGAAAACUUAAAGCUGCUAAUGCUACUCCUUUUGGAGUAACUGAUUCUGAAUUUACAAGAGGACCAGGAAGAGUGCCCAAUACAAAUAAACACAGCGUGGAAGGUUCAAAUCCAAUCUGGAUGCACGCAUAUGAAAAUGAAUGGUUCAAAAGUGAUGAAUCGUUCAGUCAUAAUUCCGAGAGGGAUUCUUUAGACGAAAAUGCACUAAACAACGAAGAAAUUAUCAACGAAAGUAAUACCAACGAAAGACCCACUGAAGACAAACCUUAUUAUAUUCAACCAAGAGUUUCUUCAAGUUCUAGUAGUAUGGAAAGUAGUACAGAAGAAGGAAACGAAUCGCCUGUAUCUCGAACACAAAAUAUGGUACCAAACAAUCCUUUAGGCAAGAAGGUUGAAACAACGGAACUUUAAGCCAUUGAAAAAAAAACGCUUUGUAAAUAGCAUCUUUUAUUGACUAUUUAAUAUUUAUUUAACACAAAACUCAGAAAAUCCUAAAAAUAUUUAACGAACAGAUUUUUAAGCCAGUAAAAAUAUUUAUUUUAUUUUUAAUCUAAACUGAAUGCCUCUUUUUAUUGGAAUAAAAAUCUGAUUCUCGUAGUGAAUAAUUUAUGAUCAGAUUUAUGUUACGAUGUUUUCCAAACGUUCAACAUACACGUGAUUUGGCUUAACGACCUGCAAUUGUUUAUUAUUAAAAAAUGUUAUCAGUGCAAAAUACAAUAUUAUACGCAGAAAAAAAUAGAGGCACGGUAAAAUAACUAAUAGUAAUGAUUUCUUUCAAAAUAGAAUUUGAAAACUUUCGAAGUUAGUCAACUUCAAAUUUCAAAAGUUUUUAAAAUUGAAAGUUCGAAUUUUAAAUAUGAGCAGCCUAAAUAAAAAAUAUGUUGAAGUUAAAAAAAACUUAAUAAUACAAUAUUAAAAGGUUUACAAGGAUAAUUAAUGUACGAAGACCGAUACAGUUUUAUUUAUGUAAGAAAACUGUAAACGAAUAGUAAAUAGGUCUCAAUUUUAAGCCAAAAAGUAUCCAUUCAUAUCGAUAAGCGUUACAUGUAAAUAUUUUAAACCGUAUCCAUACUAACUUUCUACAUAAAUUAUAUAAUAAAUUAUUAUUGUAGAAAAAAACAAAAGCCAGCCAGAAAUAGCAUCGAAUUUGUGAAUAAGAUUUUUAUAU